AUAUUUUCAGUAAAAGAAAAGUGGGCCAUAGUUUAUGGACGUCAUAUGUUUACUGCUGAUAUGAAAAGUACACAGCGCAGUAAAUCAAUUAAAAGUGUGUUAAAGAAGUAUCUGCAGCCGAAACACAAUAUGGUAUACUUUUUCACCGCUAUAACAAGUUGAUAGAAUAUAGAAGCUACCAAGAACUACUUUCAUAGUUCAAAAUGAGGGACACCCGCCCUGUGUUAAAAGCUGACGUCGAGAUGUUAAGGCACGCAUCAGAAUUGUACACUCCUAAAGUCUUUAUGUUGUUCGAAGAAGAAUAUCUGAAAGCAGUUGAAUGUACAGUUGAAUGUAGUUGCACUGAAGGUCGGGCGGAAUAUAAAGUGAAAUAUGCUGGUAGAGGUGUAGGGCAUCAUGUCUGGUUUGAGUCUUCAUAUCAAGCAGUUGAAUGUAGUUGCAUGAAGUUUGAGUUUGUGAGGAUUUUAUGUGCUCAUGCUAUGAAGGUUAUUGACAAGAAAAAUAUAAAGCACAUCCCAAAGUAAUACAUAUCAAAGAGAUGGACAAAGGAUGCAAAAGAUGGCGAUAUGAGAAGUUCAGUUUGAGUGCAGGGAAGUUAUGAGAAACUCAUAGGGAAGCGUUACUUCAAUUCGCACUAUAAUUUUUGAGAGAUAUCUACAUUGGCAGCUGAGAGCGACGGAAUGUAUGAGCAUGCAAGUGAAGUUUUUUCAAAUUUGCUGAAAGAUUUGCAGGAAAUUAAGAUGUGCUCAAAUGGUGGAAAAUUUAAUGAGAUAUUAUGUUCUAAUCAUGA